CUGUUAAAUAUAGUUCAGCAAAGAGGAAGAAAGCUUGAUUUAUUCACAUUUUCAAAAGAUUUAUGCAUAAUUUAUGCUAAACUAAUUGUUGUGGGUAAUGUCGAGGUUACGUCAUUGCCACUAUCACCAUCACAAAUCAAACUACUACUACCACCACCAACAUUACCAUUACCACCACCAAGCCACUAUAAUAUUAAGAAAAACGAAACUUAUGACUGCUUAAUUAGAAGUCGAUAUUUGUUUCAUUAUCUGCACAUCGAUGAAAUAGAUGAACUGUUUAGUUCUGCAGCAAUUAUUCUUUCGGCUGAUGCUUCGACUGUUGUAAUGAUUAUCCGACAAUUAGAGGCUGGACGAGUAGCGAUGAUUGUGCUGUUGGCUGCUGCUGAUGCUGCUGGUGCUGCUGACGAUGACGAUGACGAUGUCACUGAUGUGCUUCGCUCUGUGUUCAACUCUGUGUCACUGUCGUUGUUGUCUUGCCGACUGCGGUUGGUGCUUUUGCUUUUGUUGGCCCAAAUAUGCGACGUCACAGAGGUGGUGGCGGAGGGCAUUAACGACGAUGGCAAUUGUAGCACGGGCGCCGCUACUGCUCGAUGGUAGAU